AUGAAUUUAAGGCCAUUUAUUAAAACACACAUUAAGACUAUAAUGACAAAUUUUGACGUUUAGAGGGGACCCUUUGAUUCCUUUUUAAGAGAAUACUACAAAAAUAACAAAACUCUUGGACCAUCUGAGCGCUCAAUAAUUUCUUAAACUGCAUUUGAUCUCGUAAGAAAUGAUCUUCUUCUCUCUCAUUUUACAAAAGAUGUGGAUAGGAAAUGUGAUUUAUUAUCACAUAUAUCUAAUUAUGAAAACGACCAAAAUAUUCCACUGUAAGAUUAUAUUUUGAUCAAUUACAAAGGAAUAUUCGAUGUAGCUGUCCAGAGAUGUAAAAAUACAUUCUAUUUCAGACUCUUCCAAUUGGUUUCUGAUUAAUAUGGCUAAAAAAGAGCAUAUGAGUUCUUUAUGGCACUUAACACCAAGGCCCCGUUGACAAUACGCAUAAAUCCAAUUAAAACCACAAGAGAGAAAUUAAUGUAAGAGAUGAAUCACCUUUAUUUCAAAAAGACCUUAACAUCGCCGUAUGGGUUAAUAAUAAGCAAGGAAAAUAAUGUAAAUUUGAGUGAUACAGAUUAAUUUAAAGAAGGACUAUUUGAAAUACAAGAUGAGGCCUCAUAAAUCUGUGCCCUUAGAGUCUAAUGUAGGCCUAAUGAUAAAGUGCUGGAUUAUUGUGCUGGAUCUGGAGGAAAAACUUUGGCAUUUGCUCAUCAAAUGGAAGGUAAAGGUGUGAUUGAGAUCAAUGAUACCAGAAGUGAAGCACUAUCUAAAGCAAAAAUUAGAUUAAGAAGAGCAGGUAUCAUGAAUUAUAGUUUCUUUACAAAGAAGUUCAAAUAUGAUUGGAUCUUAUUAGAUGUUCCUUGUACAGGUUUAGGAACUUUGAGAAGAAAUCCGGACUCAAAAUAUAGAUUUUCUUAGGGAAGAUUGGAUGAUUUAAUAAAAUUGCAAUAAGACAUAUUUGAUUAAGCAAUAAGAUAUUUAAAAUAGGAUGGAGUUAUUGUUUAUACAACUUGUAGUUUUUUGAAGGACGAGAAUUAGAAUCAAGUGAAGCAUUUUUGCAAGAAAUAUAAUUUAAGUGUGGUGGAUAACGAUUACUUCUAAAGCUUGCCUGAAAAAGGGGGAAUGGAUGGCUUCUUUAGUAUUAGUUUGAAAAAAAAUUGA